GGUUGCGUACACCAACAAGUGACUGUCGCUGCCCGCUCGCCCCGCGCUCGCCCUUGGCUCAGUCUCACGCUCGCCGUCGCGGAGUGGAGACGAAACGAGUGCCCGUAGCUGCUCUUCCUGCCUAAUUACCUCACUGACUCUGAGUACUCGGGACUUUCGAAACCUCAUUCGAUUUCCAUUCUAGCUUUGGAAAAGAUAAAAAAGCCCUGCAUUUCCUUGGAGACCCCGAGUCGGUCUUCCGGGAAAGCCCUCAGUCUUUAAGACGUCCCUUUGGAGUAGUGACAGUGUCUGGACUGGCGUUCAAGGUGUCCUCAAGUCCCGAAAGUGUCCCUUGCUCCCCCGUCAGUGCCCCUGCGAACACCAUGGCGGCGGCACUUGUAGCCCGAGGGCCCGUUCGCUCUCGCUCUACUGAGAUCCUUUGCGUGGGUUCCUUCAGCAUCGUGGUGGACAGCGUGGACGGCGACGUGACCGGCGGUCCUGCAGACGACGAGGUGUUCGGCGAGGACGGGGCGCUACCGGGGGGCGGAGGCGGGGGCGACGGCGACGCCUCCAACGCCUCCAGCCGGGGCUCCAGGACCUCCAUCAGCAAGGAGGAGACAGACGCCAAGCUCGCGCUCUUCAGGACGGAGGCGGCGGCGCGGCUGACGGAGCUCGAGCGCCUCCUGGACGAGCACGACCAGAUCAUCCGGGAACUCAAGCGGUCGGAGAGCGACGGGGGCGGCAUCAACUACGCGGGCGUGGCCUCGGCGCCCACUCCUGCCACGCCUCUGGACAUCCUCCCCAUCACGGUCACGCCCCCAACCACGUCUCGCACCGCCCCUACCUCCCCGGCCAGCACCGGGCCCCGGUCUGCCCAGUAGCAGCGCCUGUGAGGAGGCCCUGCCCGGAGGAGGAGGGGCAGGGGAGGGGAGGGGGCGUAGGGCAGGGGGAGGGAGGGCCAUUCGCGUAGGCUGAGGGGGAAGUCGCAGGAGGAGGAAGAGGCCGCACGGGCGGGAGGAGGAAGAGGCCGCACGGGCGGGAGGAGGAAGAGGCCGCACGGGCGGGAGGAGGAAGAGGCCGCACGGGCGGGAGGAGGGCUGGCGGAGAAAGCGGCCUGGCGCGGAGGUGGCAGGACUUUCCUGGAAUCUGUGGAAGCUUCGAGAAAUUUCUUCAAGGCGUUGGCAUGGCUGCUUAGGCAGACGACCCAUGCUCAACAAUAAUCAUAAUGUAUAAUCAAAAUUAUAUAUUUCUUCUUUUGCUAGGCUAAGCAUGAAUAAGCGUCUAUGCCUUUAAAAGAGGCCUUAUUUGCACAGAAAAAUAACUUACAAUUAAUAAAAAUAAAUCUACAUUAGGCUCGUAUCGUGGACAAAGGAGUAUGGGAUAUAAACCCACAAAGAGCAAGAGCAAGGAUGAAACACAACAGAAAACAAUGACUGUUGCAGAGAGCGCAUUCGCAAAGGACCUCAAAACACCUCUAGCAACAGAAGUGCGAGGAGAAAAACUUCAGCGUAAUAUCAACACGUGAAAGGAAUUAGGCAAAAGUCGUGUUUUUUCUCUCGCUUUUUCUCAAGUCACUUCCAUCUGUACGCUGGGCUGGCUCCGACUCCCACGAGGCACUCGCACCUAAGUGCCUCUGUCGCCAGGGCCACUAAAGCACUCGCACUUGGCACAGUUAAGGCACUCAGACGCACUCUUUAUGCACAGCAACACCAUGUAUGCACAAGCGUUUCCCUACGGCACUUAGAUGUACUUGGAGCUGAGCCAUGUACAUAUUUAUAUAUAUGAUCAAGCUCGUGAGCUGAACGAACGAAUGAAGUGUAACAAAAUCUGGUAACGUGAGGGUGACAAGUUUUCACACAAUCGUUUCACAGCCGGAACACGAUCACCACGCUGCACUGGCACGCACUCACAGCAAGGCUAUUCUACUGCACUGAACACACCCACUUACAUCAUCGCAUCAUCUUUCAGGUAACAAAGCACGCACCUUGUCUCACUCAGCACCUGUCGCACUGCACGAGCACUGACAUAUGGACACAGCACCGGCACAGUAAUGUGACCACAGAGAAGCACUGCAUCUGCACGUGCAGAUAACAGCACUGCACACAUCACCAACAAGCACAGUACUUGUAGCACAGCACAGGUAAAUACCAGCACGUAUAGCACAACACAUGUACAGGUGUAUUACAUAUCAUUUGUAGCACAAUCCAUGUACACGUGUACAAAUACAAUGUAUAGCAUUGCACUGAACCAAGUGGGUCAACAACACCUAAAGCACUGCACAAACACAGGCACAUGUCCCCAGUGCAGUAAUCAGAGCACAUCGUACUUGUCUCGCAGCACAGCACAGCCUCAGGACAUGGGCCUCACGUAGCUCAGUACAGCACCAUCACAAGCACAGCGCCACAGCCGGCUCCCUGGCGUGGCAGGACGACGUGAGCCUAAUCCAAAGUUACUUCCGAAUGGGUUGUUGUUGCGUUAACUUGAUGAUAUCCAGAGCUCCCUCCGGCAUGGCGACGCGGAGCCGGAAAGCCCUGCUGAGCCUCUGCGCCCGAGAGAGGUUCGAGUCGCGGAGCUCAGCGAGCCUCAAACAGGCCCCUCGACACUUCUUCCCCCGAAACCCGACGCCGAUGAUGACGACUUCCUCCGUCGGUGUAAAUCACUGGUCAAGCUUUGUUUGGAAUGGUUUUCAUAGUGAUCUGUUAACGUUGCCAAGUUUUCUUUUAUAUAUUGCUUUGAUUCAUAUAUAUAUAUAUAUAUAUAUAUAUAUAUAUAUAUAUAUAUAUAUAUAUAUAUAUAUACAUAUAUACAUAUAUAUUCUGAUCAUUCCGCUAUUCUUGGUUAUCAUUCGGAAUCGUUUUAUGUUAUGAUGUAAUGUCCUAUAGACGAGAUAACCAAAUGUUCGACUUGAGUGUUCUGUUGACCGUGUUUUGCUGGUCCCUGUGACACGUUCACUUCACGUCACCUAGGACAGCCUAGACUUUGGCCGUGUAGGUUCAUCGUACAUUCUAGCUCGGAGCUACAUACAAUGUUACAUAGAUAGUGCUAAUAGUAUCUAUAUUGAUGUAUGUUAAGAGUUGUGUUGGCAAGAUGGUCUCGCAGUUGAUCAGCCUCGACUAUUUAUGUAUCUGUGAUGGAGUGGAAUAUAUUUUGUCAAGAUUAAUGCCCGAACUUAGAGGAAAUAGAGGUUAUUGGUCAGAAGCCCGGCCAGCAGUGGUGUCCGGGCACUGUGUACCAGUUCUGCCUUCUACAAAGUGUUGCUGCUGAAGGUGACAGAGGUGAGAACACGCGUAAAUUAUGUUUUGUACAAGAUUAAGGCAAUUACCUGAGUUUCGAAGAAUUUCUGACUUGGUUGAAAUAGCUCCGUUGGGGAGAUGACGGAACUUGAAGUUAGCAUUAGUCUGCAUUAGAAUUCCUUUAUUUAUACAAAGCCCGUUUCUUUUUUUUUUCUAAUCUACACUUAGUGGAAUAAAAAGAUAAGAAAUAGUUCUAGACAUUAGUGCCUCUAAAGAAGCUAAUCCUUUGCGUCCGUCGUGGUAGUUCGUGGCUGACGAAGGGAAGCGGGAAUCCCACAACCCGAGAACGAAAGCACGGUCCUUGUCCUGGAAGGAAUUCGCCCACAACGUACUGUCCGCCUUGUCCGGGAAACGAAGCCAGGGAACAAGGGGGCGGGAAGGAAGCGCAGUCAGCUGAUGGCCGGAGCUUCUGUCUGGAGGACAAGGGGGAAUCACGAUGCCAUGGGAACCAACCAAAAGAAUGAAACAAAACAGUUACAUCCAAAAAAAAAAACUAAAAAAAAAAGAAGAAAAAAUGUACUCUAGUUAUCAUAACAAAAGUGGUUCUGUGUUCUACUCUAUUCUGUGUCCUAGAAUAUAGAUGCGCGGCAGGCAUGAUGGCCUGUCGCUAGUCGUGGAUAUUUAGCAUUCCCGCGGAGGGUCAGGUCAGGUCAGGUCGCCAAGGAGACAGCCUCAGAUCGUCGCCAGGAUGGUCAACGACGACUCUCCUCAGCACUGACGACCCGCUCCUGCUGGGCGACUCGGGAUCCUGAGGCUUUCGGUCUCAUGAAGGCGAAGUCAGAAGGCGUCACGCGUCGCCCGCAGGAACGUCGCUUGCCCCUCCGCUCGCACACACAAGCACACACACACACAGCAAUUAGCGAGAUGCACGUGCACAGAUGCCUACAUAUACACGUACACGCACGGAUGCACACACACACAUCACACACACACACACACUCACACUUACACACACACACACACACACACACACACACACACACACACACACACACACACACACAUGAUUUAUGUUAUGGUAACGCAGUGGCUCUUGAAAUUUGGUUUGGGCUGAAGUUAGCCUCACUUUAAUAUUAAGUGCAGCAUGUUAAUCCCGUAUGUAUUUCCUUUUAGUUUAGUCUUCCAGACGAAGGAAAUGUAUGUAUAAAAGUGUAAAUGAAUAAAUAAAAGUUGUACACAAA